ACCGAUGUUGUUUACUUGUUGUCGUUUGUUGCUUUUUGAUACAUUUUAAACUUUUAAAAUCAUGUACAUCGCGUUCUUAACUCUCGGAUCGAAUGCUAAUCAGUUCGGCAGGGUAUCGUCCGUGUUCGGGUGACUCCGUGAAGAACACCCUCGCCACCAUUUUGCAUAGUUACGCGCGUGUCGAAGUCUCUUCUGCUCCAUCCAUCAGUAGCACACCGCGGAGAACGCAUUCCCUGCAAUGGACGGCAUUGCAAGUGAUGUUGCAGUUGGUGUGAAGAGAAGCUCAGAUGAAUUGCUGUCUGGCGGUCUCUACAGCAGUCCAAAUUCUGCAGUCACUGCUAAUGGAAGUGACAGUAAGAAACUGAGGGUUGAAGACAGCAUGGAUAGCCCACCAUCCAGAGUCAUUCAUAUUCGGAAACUCCCAAAUGAGGUUUCUGAGACUGAGGUCAUCGCCCUGGGUUUGCCAUUUGGAAAGGUCACUAAUAUCCUAAUGCUUAAAGGCAAAAAUCAGGCAUUUUUGGAGCUUGGAACAGAGGAAGCUGCUGUUACCAUGGUGAAUUACUACACAGCUGUUACACCUCAAGUGCGUAAUGUACCGGUGUUCAUUCAGUACUCCAACCACAAAGAGCUCAAGACUGACAGUGCACUCAAUCAGAGAGCGCAGGCCGUGCUGCAGGCGGUGUCAGCGGUCCAGGAGGGCAGCUCUCCAAGCUCGGACACGGCAUGCGAGAGUAUGUUAAUGCCUGCACCGAGCCCAGUGCUUCGUAUAAUCAUCGACAACAUGUUCUACCCAGUCACCCUGGACGUCCUCCAGCAGAUCUUCUCAAAGUUUGGGACCGUCAUGAAGAUAAUCACAUUUACCAAAAAUAAUCAGUUUCAGGCUCUUCUGCAGUUCAGUGAUCCAGUCAAUGCCCAGCAGGCCAAACUGUCCUUGGAUGGCCAGAACAUAUACAACUCCUGCUGCACUUUGCGCAUCGACUUCUCCAAACUGGUUAACCUGAAUGUAAAAUAUAACAACGACAAAAGCCGGGAUUAUACCCGACCCGAGUUGCCCGCAGGAGACGGCCAGCCACCAGUGGACCCAUCUGUGGCUGCAGCUCUUAGCAAAGACUCCACCUCCCUUCUUGGUACUCCCUCUGGAAUGGUAACUUCCUACUCUAGUGGUGGAGGGUUUCCAUCUUCUCUAGGGGCCAUCAGCCCUCUCAGUGCAGCGGCUGCCGCGGCAGCAGCAGCAGGAAGGGUAGCACUGUCAGGACAUUCUGGACCUGGUGCAGUGCUACUGGUCAGCAAUCUCAACGAUGAGAUGGUUACGCCCCAAAGUCUGUUUACCCUCUUCGGUGUCUAUGGUGAUGUGCAGCGUGUGAAGAUCCUUUACAAUAAGAAGGACAGUGCUCUUAUACAGAUGUCUGAUGGAAACCAAGCCCAGUUGGCCAUGAGCCAUUUGAAUGGGCAGAAGAUGAAUGGCAAGAUCAUUCGUGUGACCAUCUCCAAGCACCAGACAGUACAGCUGCCCAGAGAAGGUUUAGAUGAUCAGGGCCUGACCAAGGACUUCACAAGUUCUCCUCUGCAUCGCUUCAAGAAGCCCGGAUCUAAGAACUUCCAGAACAUCUUCCCCCCUUCAGCUACACUCCAUCUCUCAAACAUCCCUGAAAAUGUGACAGAGGAGGAUUUACGAUUGCUCUUCUCAAAUGCUGGUGGAACAGUAAAAGCAUUCAAGUUUUUCCAAGAUCACAAAAUGGCUCUGCUGCAGAUGUCCACAGUGGAGGAGGCAACUCAGGCACUCAUCGACAUUCACAACUAUGACAUGGGACGUGGCCACCGUCUUAGAGUGUCCUUCUCAAAGUCCACCAUCUGAGGAUCCUCUGGUGCUGUCACCUUUCUUCUCUCUUUCCCAGGAGUCUCAAGUCAAUUCAUUUUUAUCAGUCAUUCCUUAAUACCCUAUCAAAAACUUCAAUGAUAAUGGCCCGUAAGCAGAAUGCUCGCUCUGUAUCCGCUCCUACUAUUGUUUGUGUCUGGCCAGCUGUUACUCUCAAAAAGAAAAGAGAUUUAAUUUAUAGGAUGGAUUGACAAGAAUGUGCCUUACUUAGCAAAAUAGCGUCAUUUUUUUGGUCCCAUUGCUACAGAUGAUAGAAGUUUAGGCACAUUAUGUGUGGUGAAAUAGGAAAUGUAACCUUUAUAACAAUCCUGCUCUAUUUUUAAAGUCCUCACAUGGUCAUUUCUUGAAAUCCAAUGAGCCAAUUAUUAUGUAUUGAAUUAAAUAUAAGUUACAAUUUGAUGGAAUACACCCCAAGCAGUAAAUGUACAAAAAAACUAAGAAAAAUAUUUG